CGGCCGCGGCCGGCGCGUGUAGGGGCGAGGCCAGGCGGCCGGCGGCGGUCCCGGCUGCAGCCCCGGCCCCCGCAGCCCCCCUUGCCGCCCCCGCCCGGCCCACGCCCAGAGGCCGCUCGGGAGGCCGCCGCCAGCCGCCAGAUCUGAAUAGAAUUAGGAAGAAAGAGCAAUCACAGCAGAUGAAGAUCCACUGGUAAAUCGAUAAGGAUUUUUGGCCUGCCCUCCAAAGACAAGGAGCGGAAAGAAUGUCGGAACGGGCCGCGGAUGACGUCAGGGGGGAGCCGCGCCGCGCCGCGGCGGCGGGCGGAGCAGCGGCAGCGGCCGUCCGGCAGCAGCAGCAGCAGCAGCCGCCGCCUCCGCAGCCCCAGCGGCAGCCGCCGCCGCGGCGCCUACGGCCGGAGGACGGCGGCCCCAGCGCCGCCUCCACCUCGGCCGCCGCAAUGGCGACGGUCGGGGAGCGCAGGCCCCUGCCCAGUCCCGAAGCGAUGCUGGGACAGUCGUGGAAUCAGUGGGUCGAAGCUUCCAAACUUCCUGGGAAAGACGGGACGGAAUUGGACGAAAGUUUCAAGGAGUUUGGGAAAAACCGCGAAGUCAUGGGGCUCUGUCGGGAAGACAUGCCAAUAUUUGGUUUCUGUCCAGCCCAUGAUGAUUUCUACUUGGUGGUGUGUAACGACUGUAAUCAGGUUGUCAAACCGCAGGCAUUUCAAUCACAUUAUGAAAGAAGACAUAGCUCAUCUAGCAAGCCUUCUUUGGCCGUUCCUCCUACUUCAGUAUUUUCCUUCUUCCCUUCUCUGUCCAAAAGUAAAGGAGGCAGUACAAGUGGAAGCAACCGUUCUUCCAGUGGAGGUGUUCUUAGCACAUCCUCAUCAAGUUCCAAGUUGUUGAAAUCGCCCAAAGAGAAACUGCAGCUCAGGGGGAACAGCAGGCCAAUGCAUCCCAUUCAGCAAAAUAGAGCCCCCCAUGGAAGAAUCAUGACACCCUCUGUGAAAGUGGAAAAGAUUCAUCCGAAGAUGGAUGGCACACUACUGAAAUCUGCGGUGGGGCCAACCUGUCCUGCUACUGUGAGUUCCUCAGUCAAGCCUGGCCUUAACUGCCCCUCAAUACCAAAGCCAACCUUGCCUUCUCCUGGACAGAUUGUGAAUGGCAAAGGGCUUCCUGUACCACCCACUCUGGAAAAGAAAUCUGAAGACAAUUCCAAUAACAGGAAAUUUUUAAAUAAGAGAUUAUCAGAAAGAGAGUUUGAUCCUGACAUCCACUGUGGGGUCAUUGAUCUCGACACCAAGAAGCCCUGCACACGGUCUUUGACAUGCAAGACACAUUCCUUAACCCAACGGAGGGCUGUCCAGGGUAGAAGAAAACGAUUUGAUGUGUUAUUAGCCGAGCACAAAAACAAAACCAGGGAAAAGGAAUCGAUUCGCCAUCCCGACUCUCAGCAACCACCGCAGCCUCUCAGGGACCCACAUCCUGCCCCUCCUAGAACGUCACAGGAGCAGCACCAAAACCCUCACGGAGUGAUUCCUUCUGAAUCAAAGCCUUUUGUAGCUAGUAAACCUAAACCUCACACCCCCAGUCUUCCAAGGCCUCCAGGCUGCCCUGCUCAGCAAGGUGGGAGUGCCCCCAUUGACCCUCCUCCAGUCCAUGAAUCUCCACACCCUCCCCUGCCUGCCACUGAGCCAGCUUCUCGGUUAUCCAGUGAGGAGGGCGAAGGCGAGGACAAAGAAGAGUCUGUUGAAAAACUGGACUGUCAUUAUUCAGGUCAUCAUCCUCAGCCAGCAUCUUUUUGCACAUUUGGGAGCCGGCAGAUUGGAAGAGGCUAUUACGUGUUUGACUCCAGGUGGAACCGGCUUCGCUGCGCCCUCAACUUCAUGGUGGAGAAGCAUCUGAAUGCGCAGCUGUGGAAGAAAAUCCCACCAGUGCCCAGCACCACAUCACUGGUCUCCACACGUGUUCCUCACCGGACAAACUCUGUGCCGACAUCACAGUGCGGGGUCAGCUAUCUUGCAGGAGCCACUGUCUCUACAUCCCCAGUUCUGCUGUCAUCCACCUGCAUCUCCCCAAAUAGCAAAUUGGUACCAGCUCACGGAACUACACUAAAUGCACAGCCUGCCGCUUCUGGAGCAAUGGAUCCUGUGUGUAGUAUGCAAUCCAGACAAGUGUCUUCUUCAUCCUCAUCCCCUUCCACACCCUCUGGCCUUUCCUCAGUCCCCUCCUCCCCUAUGUCCAGGAAACCUCAGAAGUUGAAAUCCAGCAAGUCUUUAAGGCCCAAGGAGUUUUCUGGUAGUAGCACCAACUGUCACAAUGCCAGUAGCAGUACCAGUGGUGGCUCAGGAAAGAAACGCAAAAACAGUUCCCCACUGUUAGUUCACUCUUCCUCCUCCUCCUCCUCUUCUUCUCAUUCCAUGGAGUCUUUUAGGAAAAACUGUGUGGCCCACUCUGGUCCUCCCUACCCCUCAACCGUAACGUCUUCCCAUAGCAUCGGCCUCAACUGUGUGACAAAUAAAGCAAACUCCGUGAGUGUCCGGCACGACCAGUCAGGGAGGGGCCCCCCUGGGGGGAUCCCUGCUGAGUCCAUCAAGAGGAUGAGUGUGAUGGUGAACAGCGGCGAUUCCACUCUUUCUCUUGGCCCGUUCAUCCACCAGGCCAAUGAACUGCCUGUCAAUUCCCACGGCAGCUUCUCACACUCACACACUCCUUUAGAAAAGCUCAUAGGAAAGAAAAGAAAGUGCUCACCUGUCUCAAGCAGCAUCAACAGCAACAGCAGCAGACCCACAAAGGUUGCCAAAUUGCCAGCCAUGAACAACGUCCACAUGAAACACACAGGCACCAUCCCAGGGACACAAGGAGUGACUAACAAUUCCCUCCUUCAUCAGCCAAAGGCACGUCCCUGACAGCUGAAAAUAGCACGGGGAGGAAUAAUCUGGACACUUUUGAGGACAAGUUACACCUCCACUCAGCGCUCUGGACUCCAUGAUGCCUUUGAGUCUGUUUUCCCAACCUCCAGUGGGCCUCAAGGGUAGAAACCUGCCGCCUGGCUGUUGUUUUAACAAGGAUUUCCCUGAAGCUAUGUCUGUAGCAGUGAGUACUCAUAAAGGACACUGGAUCAAGUUCAGCCACCGAAUUGCUUUUAUCAGUGUUAAAGUGGUCUGGACUGCUUGCUACCAAUCUGUGAGAAGUUUUUGUUUUUGUUUUAUUUUUUGAACUUGCAGUAUAUCAUGGAGCCACUCUUUGAGUAGAUUGGCUGGGCAAAAGAAUGUUUUGGCAAGAGCAUUACUAUAGACUUGUCUCCCUCCUCCCUCUCCCUGCCAUUUUUUUUUUUUUUUAACACUGUCUUCUGUAGGUCAUUCUCCAGCAGUUAGGCACCUUAACUGGAGAGUGGGGACCUUCCAGAGGAGAAAGCACUACACCCUGAGCAACCCUCUGGAGAGGGAAUUUGGCUUUAGAUUUUUAUAGCAAUGUUCCAAGAAUGGAAUAUGGAUGUUAGUGCAAGGCCCCGUGACAGAAUAGUCCAGCCUUUUGCAAAUAAUUUGGGAUCAGAAGCUGUCAGAAGCUUCUGACUUACAAACUGGUUUGAAGCCACUGAUGCCCAGAGAGCAAGUAUAAACCAUUUUAGAGGAUUACUUUUCAUGGUACAAAAGCAAUUCUGUGUGAUUAAAAAAAGAAAGAAAAUGCAAAUUAGUUUUGAUAAAGGAAAGCCAAAUUCGGAAGGAGGGAGUGGGUGGGAAAGGUAAAAAUCACUAUAGGGAGAAAAAACUUUUUACAAGAUUUCCAAAGAAAUGGAAUUUUCUUAUCCUUUAAGCUUUCAUGUUAAACAGUAUGUCAGAUUGGGUUGGUUGUCCUACCUAGUCUCUUUUAAAAAUUGCCUUUUUAAAGUGAAAUUAUUAGGAUGUACUUAAAUGUUUCCAAGGCACUCUUUGCAUUACCCCCAUUUUCCUCUUUGGAUACUGUCCUGGGACUAAGUGUAAAUUUCUGCCUUGAGCACUCUGGGUAUUGUGUGUGUGUGUGCCCACGCUCCCUUAUGCCACUACAGAUGUUUAUUUGGAUGCAGUUGGGGUAGGGAGCAGACCCUGAGGGAGGGGAGUUGGAGAAUGUGUACACUUACCCACGUGCAGGUUUUAUUUGAUGUGCAUAUGGUAUUUCCCUGACAUACAUACUCCUUUCUUGGGAUUAAUGCCAGCCAUCUUCCUGAGAGAGUUUUGGAGCCCUCUAGAAUAUUUUUUCAGGUACUCCACCCCCCAAAAAAGAACUUAAUAUGUUAAAACAGCAUUGCUUGAGAAGGUGUCAUUGAAUUUUGGGGAUGAGUUGGGGCCUUUUAACGGGUGAUUCUACCACAACAACUCUUGAAACAGGAACCAGGCACUUUUGCUUAUUAGAACACACAAAGUUGCCGAACACAGGGUAAAAUUUCCAAGGCUCUGAGCAUUGCCCUGGCCAGUGCCUAGACAGAGCCACUCAGUGCAUCCUUUUUUUUCCUAUAAUUCUUGGAUUACAUACUUCAGUUUCAGGGAAUUUCAAGUCAACAACAGGUAGAAUGAAUAAAUAUUUGGUUACCAGCCUAAUAAUGUGAAUUGCUACAGAACUAUUCUUAUUAUGUAAGAAAACAAAAACUUUAUGCAGAUACUUUAGCUAUAAAUUGAUGUAAAAUAUUGAUUCUUUUUUUAAAGGAAGGGGAGAACAGUAUCUUGUUCACUUAUUAUGCAAUCAAUCAGUAAAUGCUUUUAAAAUGAUACUAUAGGAGAGCUUAGUAAGGAGAGAGCAUGGAUGGACCAGUUUGGGAUAGUGAAGAGAAAUCAGUCUGAUUGUUCCAUCCCAGUGAGUGGAGAGAAAGGAGCUAAAGAGGGAAUCAGAACGUACCUAGUCGAUUCCUUGGCGACAAGUGCAAUGGGGUAUAUAGAUAGAAUUUAUUUUCAGAGCCAAGGGGACUUGAUGGUUAUAAAUAAAGUUGCUUUUAUCAGUGGAAUUUAUAGACAGAUCAUGUUGUUCCAAAAGAUGUGAAUAGGAUCCACAAUAGCAAGUUGAUUCAGAAUAAUGUAGAUAUUUAGAUUAGCGAGUAUUGAUCAUUUGAUUUCUUAGACUGAAGUUUUCAUUGAAUUUCAUUAUGUCUCCCGGUAGUACACAGAGCAUCGGGAUUAGGAUAUUAGCCAUUUUGGAUUCUGCCUACCACAAACAGACCUAUUCUAAACAGUGCUAUUAAAUUUUAGACUGUUGUUCAAAUGUUUUAUUUUCUCCUACAACUACUUUUUAUUAUGAGGAACAAUUAAGACCAUUUAAAACAAGGGAAUACAAGUAUUUUUUUGAAUUAAAUUAACUUGAAAAAACCAAAUUUGCAGUGGUUGGGUUGUUUCUAGACAGACUUUGGUAUCAAUUUAAAACCAAGAUAAUUUUUAUAUUCUUUCCAAUAGAAUUUCAUGACAACUCCUGCAGUUUUCUUAGCCUACAAAAAAAUUAAAAGUGCUGCAAUG